GACGCGGCGACAGAUUGCGGGAAAUGUCAAGGGCUGGCCGGCGUGACUGAGCUCGGAGCCGCAGGGCAGGCACCGGGCAAGCUGUGGGAAGAAGGAGCCGCGCGCCAUGGCGGAGGCCGGGCAGGAGCAGCUGUGCUCGGGCGAGCUGGACAGCCGGCUGGCUACCCUUCCGGACAGGCUGCGCGGCAGGCUGCUGCCCUUUCAGAGAGAGGGCGUGACGUUCGCCCUCUCCAGGCGCGGCAGGUGUAUGAUAGCUGAUGAGAUGGGUCUGGGGAAGACGAUCCAGGCGAUCUCCGUGGCCCUGCUGUACAAGCAGGAGUGGCCCCUGCUCGUCGUGGUCCCCUCGUCGAUGAGGUACCCCUGGGUGGAGGAGAUGGAGAAGUGGAUCCCCGAGUUGAACCCCGAUGACAUCAAUCUGGUGGAGAGCAAAACGGACGUUGGGCGGAUUCCCACCAGCCUGGUCACCGUCCUGGGCUAUGGCCUCCUCACCUCCGACGCCAAGCUGCUGCUCGGAGCCCUAGAGGCCCAGAGCUUCAGGGUCGUUAUUGUAGACGAGUCCCACUACCUGAAGUCCAGGACCGCCGCACGCACCAAGAUCCUGGUGCCGCUGAUCCAGAAGGCCUCCCGAGCGGUUCUGCUCACGGGCACCCCGGCGCUGGGCCGACCGGAGGAGCUUUUUAUGCAGAUCGAUGCCUUGUAUCCUAGGAGAUUCGGAACAUGGUCUGAUUAUGCUGCGAAAUAUUGCAAUGCUCAUUUCAGGUUUUUCGGAAACAGGCGCCAGUGGGACUGCAGGGGGGCCUCCAGCCUGGGGGAGCUGCACCAGCGCCUGAGCGAAGUGAUGAUCCGCCGCCUGAAGGACGAGGUGUUGACGCAGCUCCCUCCCAAAAUCCGCCAGCGCAUCCCCUUCGACCUCCCGAAAGAAGGCUCCAAGGAAGCAUGUGCCAGCUUCGAGGAAUGGGAGAAAUUAAUGAGGACGCUGGAUGCGGGGACUGCAGGGACUGAUAACCCCUUUGUGGAAGUCAUGGGGCUCGUUACGCGCAUGUACAAACAGACGGCCAUCGCCAAGGCGGGUGCAGUGAAAGACUACAUCAAAAUGAUGCUGGAGAACGAGAAGCUGAAGUUUCUAGUGUUUGCUCAUCAUCUCGCCAUGCUUCAGGCGUGUACAGAGGCUGUCAUUGAAGCCAAGGCCCGCUACAUUCGCAUUGACGGAAGCGUGCCGUCUUCAGAAAGGAUCCACCUGGUGCACCAGUUCCAGAGCGACCCCGACACCCGAGUCGCCGUCUUGAGCAUCCAAGCUGCCGGGCAGGGUUUGACGUUCACUGCUGCCACCCAUGUGGUGUUCGCCGAGCUGUACUGGGAUCCCGGCCACAUCAAGCAAGCAGAGGACCGAGCUCACCGCAUUGGCCAGAGCUGCUGUGUGCAUGUGCAUUACCUGAUCGCCAAGGGCACGUUUGACACAGUCAUGUGGGGCAUGCUCAACCGUAAGGAGGGGGUGACAGGCAGCACCUUAAAUGGGAAAAAGGAGCAUCUGAAGGCAGAGCUUGGAGACCGAGAGAAGUGGGAGUUCUUGAGUUUUGCCAGUGCCUGGACACCGGGCGAUAGUUUUCAAGGAGAUGCGCCAGGCAGCCAGGAUGAAGUAUUCUUCUCUCACUUUGAGAAGGACAAGCAGCGAGACAUCCGCACGUUCUUCCUGGAGAAGAAGAGGCGACGCUCGGACGAGGAGCCCCUGGCGGAGGCAGCAGCAGCCGAGGGGCCGGCGGAGGAAGAGGAGGAGUCCCCGGCGGGCGUGGCGCGGAAGGAAGCCGCCGUGCUCCCGCGGCCCAGCGGCCAGCCUCACGCCAAGCGGCCGCGGGGCUCCAGCCGGGCUGUGGGCCACCCCACCCGCGGGGCGGGCAGGAGGUCCUGGGCCGGGGGUGCGAGCACCCCCCUUUCCUGCCCGAGACCCCCGAGACUAUCCGACGGGGACCGCCCAGCCUCUGGGGAGGCGCCCUCUAGUGGCGGGGAGUGGCGCUGCAGCGGCUGCACGUUCGCCAACAGCCCCCUCCUGCCCUACUGCGAGAUGUGCGAGGCGCCGCGGCCCCCCCACGCCCGCGGUGAGAAGACCUUCGGGGAUCCUCAACCGGCUCCUUUACUCGCGGGCCCCAGCCAGGAGCCCCUCUCGGAGCUGCAGGGGGCGGAGGAGAGACGCUCGGACACCGAGGGCAGGGCUGACCCGCCACCUCAUCGCCAGCACGCGUGCCGGACGGAGAGCGGGAGGCGGGAGGAGGAGCAAGGCGCAGGCUCUUCAGGGAAGACAGCGUUAUCCCACAAGGAGACAGAGUGCGGUUCUGCUGACUCCACCAUUCCUGUUCAGGAAGGCCUGAAGUUUUGUGCGAGCAGAAACACUGACAGGAUUUACCUCUACAGCAAGGAUGGCGUUCCUUUGAACUGCAAUUUCAUCCCGCUGGACAUAAAAUUAGAGAACUGGGAAGAUUUGCCAGAGAUGUUCCAGCAUCCCGAGAACCGUCAGCAAGUGCUGCGGUUUGUGCGGGCCUGGAGCGCCCUGACGGCCAUGAAGCAGAGGGCGAUCCGGAGGAGCGGCCGCGUGUUUCUCGACCCGCGCGCGGCCCUGGACGACAUCGCGGGCGGCCAGCGGAGGCACAGCAGCACCAAAAGAUAUCUUACCAAGGAGGAUGUGGCGCAGGCUUCCCUCAGGAAGGUGCUGAAAGAUGGAGGCUUUGUCCGAGUUAUUGCCAGAGAAAACCCCUUCCUCCCCAAGAGUAAAACAAACCAAGUUCACCAGACGUAAGCUGUUCCUGUGUAAAAAUUGAUAAGUGCUGUAUGCGGCGCGCGGGCUGGACUGUGGGUUCCCACAGGUGCCUUGCCGUGACGGAGGAGUUGAAAGCCGGGUUUCUCGACUCCCUGCCGGGCCCUGAGACAGGCUGCUGUCAUGUUGUCAGGAGGGGUGCUGUGAUUACCGGCAACUGUCCCUUAUCCAGUACCGUGAUCCUCUGUCAGAUCCUGGGAUCAGGCCUGGGCAGCUUGUUACACCCCCACCCCCACCUUACAGUUUCAUUAUUACCCGUCCUGUCUCCCUCCUCACUCAGUUCACCACACCGAGGGCAGGAGAGUUCUUUCAGUGUGAGCGCGACUAAAAUGCUCUUGUUCUCGGAGACUUAAUGUUUCAGCUCGUUCCUGCUCAUUCUGCUGGCAGGUCUAGCUUGCGACGUCUCUUCAAUCUGGCAUUACCAUCGUCAUUAAAUAAUAUCUCCCUUCAUUUGGGAGGGAAAGAUCUGAGGCACCUGGCGUGCCUCUCGCUGAGAAGCUCCUGUGUUUGAAGGCAGGAGGCGAGCAGGGAAAGAAAGAUUGCCUCAGACCAUUUGCGCUGUAAGCCAGCCAGGACUGAAAGGGGGUUUUGGAAGCCCAGGAGCCUGUCAGUACCCGGCCCAGAUGGAUCAAGCUUAAUCCCCUGUCUGGAAGGCAGGUGAAGCUGCCCUGCCUGGCAGAAGUUGCCAUGGGAAC